AUGGCGCACGAAAGCUCGAGGCAGGCCCGAGACCGCGGGGUGACCAGAUCCAAGGCAGAAAAGGCACGGCCGCCUACUGUGCUGGUGCCGCAGGUGGACAUCAUUCCCGGGCGGCUCACCGAGGCUGAGUGGAUAGCUCUCACGGCUGUGGAGGAGGGCGAGGAUGUGGUGGGGGACAUCUUGGCGGAUUUGCUGGCAAGAGUCAUGGACUCUGCGUUCAAAGUCUACUUGACCCAGCAGUGCAUCCCGUUCACCAUCAGCCAGGCUCGGGAGGCCAUGCUGCAGGUCAUCGAGUGGCGUUUCCUGGCCCGGGACGAGGGAGAGUCUGCAGUGACCGAGGACCCCACGUGGGGCGAGGACGAGGAGCCCUUGGCAUGCAUGACGGAUGCCUGGGCUCAGGGAUCCGUGCCUGUGCUAAACGCAUCAGCCUCGGACGGGCUGGAGGACACCUUCCAAAGUGAAGACCAAGGGAGCAUAGACCAGAUUUCUUUAGGAAGAUCAUGGAUGGAUAGAGGUUUUGAGGAGCAGAUGGAAUCUUGGGAGUGUUCCUCCAAGCAGAGAGACACCCCCAGCCUCCCACCCAGCCCAGAGCUGUUUCAGGAGGCAGAGCCCAGGGGUCCUUUAGAAGAACUGGAAGACCAGGAAGGAGGCCACCUGUCUCCGUCAAGGUCUUUGAACAGGAGCCUCCAAGAGCGGUGUUCAUCUGUGGCGGGAGAGGUUGAGAGAGUUCCCUCUGGCAGUCCCCACCCUUCUCUGGAGCUGUCCUUGGUAGCCAGCUCCCAGGAAUCGGCAGAGAGGGCACAGCCCCUCAGCCCCCAGUCCUCGAUAGAGGAGUUCUUUUGCACACCGAAGCCGCCCGCCACCGGGAACCAGGACCAGACCCCGAGGGUGCUCAAGAAGGAGGAGGUGCCCCGCACAGCCUCGGGCCCCACCAUGCUCAGCCCCUCCGCGUCCCUCCAGCCGCAGCAGCCUUGGUGCUCAGAGUCACGGCUGAGCUCACUUCCCCGCAGGGCGGGCCGCAAGGCAGCCUUGGUGCGGCCGCUGAGUCAGUGGGUAUGCCCAGUAGCUGAGAUUGUGGAUCCAGACUCUGAGGUGCGCCCUCUGGAAGUCUACCGCAGGCCCCGGCGGGUCAAGAAGACAGAGGCCCUGGCCAGACGCCCAGCCAUUGGCUCCAGUUGCAGAGUCUCCCCCGCAGCUUCCUGCCCUCUGCCCCCAAGUGGUUCUUUCCCUGCUUUGGGCCCCGGCCCCCAACUUCCCCCUUUAAGCUUAGGCCUGUCAUCAUCAGGCUUCCAGUCAAUGGGGUCCUUAUCCAGCCCAGAGAGGCACUUUCUUAAAAGGCACCUGGAGCUCCCCCACAUAGCCCGAAGCCCCAGCCCCACCAUGUGGCCUGGUGCAAAGUGGCCCAGGGGCUGGGAGAGUGAGGCAGAGUUGCUGGAAGAGCUGUGGGCCGCCCACACCCAUGUACCUCCCCAGGGCCUGGACCCUAGGGACCAGGAGGGCCAGGAUCCUCACAGGUGGUCUUAUCCCGAACCCCGCAUCCUCGAGGCCACGUCCCAGGUGAUGUGGAAGCCCAUGUUGCUGCUGGAAGCCUUGAAGCUGGCUCCUGGUGUGAGCAUGUGGAACCCAACCACGCAGGUGCUGCUCAGCUCUGGCACACCCCAGCAGGACAAAGAAGGCUGUACCUCUCCUCCCACUGAGUAGCACCCCAUCCAGACAGGUGCCCAGAAGCCCAGGUGACCAUGGCACAGCAAAUGAAGAACUCGAUCCCCAUAGUGUGGUCACACCCUCCAAAUCCUUGCCUCAAUCUAAGCCCUGAACUUCUCGGUCAGUGGGAAUCCUACCUUCUGUCUGCUUGCCAGAAAUAAACGCCUGAGUUGCCUUAAGAAUCAGCCUGGUAUCUGUCAGUUUCUUUCAGAGAUGUGUAUUCUCAUUGAACUGGAGAGAAGCAGUUGUCCUGGCAGGUCUAGAAGAAGAUAGAACACUGGUUCCAGGGAAUAAACCCAUUUGCACCCAUAGCAGACUGUGCUUCAGGGCCAAGGCUACUCCCCAGUAGAAGAA